UAUUGCUUAAUUUUACUAGAAAACGCGCAUUUUUCAAUUGUCGCUAUACAAUAUAAGAGAUUUUUUUGUGUGAAAUCGUUUACAUUAUAAUAUUUAUUGUGUAUACAAGGAAAAUAUUCGUAUAACUUCUGAAAGUUAUUAGAAAACAAAAAUGGAAUUAAAAUGCUCUAUCAAGAAUUAUGCAUGGGGAAAGCAAGGUAUAGAUAGUAUAGUUGCUGGACUUGUGAAAGCAUCAGAUCCAGAUUUUGUUCCAAAAGACAAUGUACCAUAUGCUGAACUAUGGAUGGGUACACAUCCUAAUGGUCCAUCUUUUUUGAAAGAUACACAGCAAUCAUUGGAUGAUUACAUUCAACAAAAUAGCUCUGUUCUGGGUAGUGCAGUACAAAAAAUGUAUGGUACAAAUUUACCUUUUCUAUUCAAAGUUCUAUCUAUCAAAAAAGCUUUGUCAAUUCAGGUGCAUCCUAAUAAGGAACAAGCAGAAGAAUUACACCGAACACAACCAACCAUUUACAGAGAUAAUAAUCAUAAGCCUGAACUGACAAUUGCUUUAACUCCUUUUGAAGCACUUUGUGGAUUUCGUCCAAUUGCUGAAAUAAAAAGUUAUUUAAGAUCCAUCCCAGAAUUCAGAAAUUGUAUUGGCGAAAAUAAAAUCAUAAAUUUAAUGUCAAGUGAUGAAGUUAAUAUUAAAACUGCUUUGAAAAGUUGCUUUUCAAGUCUUAUGGCACAAGAACCUGAAAUUGUUGCACAACAAUUGAGAAAAUUGCUUGAAAGAUUAUCUAAUCUUGAUAAAACUAUGAGACAAAUGUUAAAUGCAAGCCUUUUUGAACAAUUAUAUUCCGAUUAUCCUGGUGACGUUGGAUGUUUUGGAAUUUAUUUAUUCAAUUAUAUCACUUUACAACCAGGAGAAGCCAUGUAUUUAGGAGCUAAUGAGCCACAUGCAUAUCUGUUUGGUGAUUGCAUAGAAUGUAUGGCUUGUUCAGAUAACGUUGUGAGAGCAGGAUUGACUCCUAAAAUGAAAGAUGUUGAAAUUCUUGUUGAUAUGUUGUCUUAUGUUUGUGAACCAGUAACAGCAAAAAAAUUUCAAGCUGUAAGAGAAGAUGAGUGUACAGAAGUUUUUAGACCUCCAAUACCAGAUUUUGCCAUAGCUAAGAUUAUGAUUUCUCCUGGAAAAGCAACAUAUAAUCUUAUUCCACGAAAUACUGCAAGUAUUUUAAUUGUAAUUAAUGGAAAAGGUGAAAUUCCAGUUUCACAAAUCCUCAAUAAUGGAUCUAUUUUAUUUAUACCAGCAAAUGAAAGUCUCAAUAUCAAGAUUUCAUAUGGUUGCCACCCAAUGCUGAUGUUCCAAGCAUUUGUUAAUACUUGUUAUAAAUAAUUCAACCAAUU